UGUACUGUCUGGGACAGUGAGCGGUGCUGAGCACAGUAGACGUGGGCAGAGCCAGAGCCGCGGGGUCUGCGGCAGCGGGCGGUGGCACUGCGGGCGCGGGCGGGUACACUGCAGCACGGUGGCCUGGGUCAGGCCUGCAGAGGCCCGCUGGAGGGGGCGCUGUGCGCACGGCAAGGCGGCCUUUUGUCAGCGUGCACAGCCGAGAGCUCUCAUUUCCUCCCAGCCUCCUGCGGGAAAUGGAUUUAAUUCUGACCGUAGGGCCGUGAGGGACGCGCGCGGGAAGCAGAGCCUUUUGUCAAGGAGUGGCAGCUCUGGUGCUCUUAAUUGGCACCAACGCGCGCGGAGAAGUUGCCGGGCUGGUGAGAUUCCCUGCUGCUCUGAUAAGCAGGGGCUGCAAGAUGGGUGGAAAACACUGCUCUGCAGAGUAGCUGCAUGGAUUUAUGAAGUGCAUCCAACAAAAUCCCACAGAAAAACACAGACCAACCCACAGUGGCAGACCGGAGAUGCAUACAAUGCUGUGCAGACGUUUCCACCUGGAUGCCUGAGGCUGUGUAGAUGUGGCUGGCACCCCGGAGAGUGGAGCAGGGGGUGAAGACCCAGCACUGAGAGGAGAGAGCCUUGGAUAGGCUUGGGCCAGCUUCCCAGGUUCCAGGAGCAGAUCACAGCCCCAGCAGGAAAAUGAGUGAAGAGACUGUCCCCGAGGCCACCUCCCCGCCGCCCCCGCAGGGGUCGCAUUACUUUGACCGCUUCUCCGAGGAAGACCCUGAGUACAUGCGCCUUCGCAACCGUGCGGCAGACCUGCGCCAGGACUUCAACCUGAUGGAGCAGAAGAAGCGCGUCACCAUGAUCCUGCAGAGUCCGUCUUUCAGGGAGGAGCUGGAAGGCCUCAUCCAGGAGCAGAUGAAGAAGGGGAACAACUCCUCCAACAUCUGGGCCCUGCGGCAGAUUGCGGACUUCAUGGCCAGCACCUCCCAUGCAGUUUUCCCAACAUCUUCCAUGAACUUUUCCAUGAUGACGCCCAUCAAUGACCUCCACACUACUGACACCCUGAACCUGGCCAAGGGGGAGCGGCGCAUGCGCUGCAAGAUCAGCAGUGUCUACCGACUCCUAGACCUCUAUGGCUGGGCCCAGCUGAGCGACACCUAUGUUACGCUGAGAGUCAGCAAGGAGCAGGACCACUUCCUGAUUAGCCCCAAGGGAGUUUCCUGCAGUGAAGUCACGGCGUCCAGCCUGAUCAAGGUGAACAUCCUGGGAGAGGUGGUGGAGAAGGGCAGCAGCUGCUUCCCGGUGGACACCUCGGGCUUCUGUCUGCACUCAGCCAUCUAUGCAGCCAGGCCUGAUGUUCGGUGCGUCAUCCACCUGCAUACGCCAGCCACGGCAGCGGUCUCAGCCAUGAAGUGUGGCCUCCUGCCUGUCUCCCACAAUGCCCUGCUGGUGGGGGACAUGGCCUAUUAUGACUUCAACGGGGAAAUGGAGCAGGAAGCUGAUCGCAUCAACCUGCAGAAGUGCCUUGGCCCCACCUGCAAGAUCCUGGUGCUAAGAAACCAUGGCAUGGUCGCUCUAGGUGACACCGUAGAGGAGGCAUUUUAUAAGAUCUUCCACCUGCAGGCUGCCUGUGAGAUACAGGUGUCAGCUCUGUCCAGUGCUGGGGGAGUGGAGAACCUCAUCCUCCUGGAGCAGGAGAAGCACCGGCCCCACGAGGUCGGCUCUGUGCAGUGGGCUGGGAGUACUUUUGGGCCCAUGCAGAAGAGCCGGCUGGGGGAGCACGAGUUUGAAGCCCUCAUGAGGAUGCUGGACAACCUGGGCUACAGAACAGGCUACCCGUACCGCCACCCCUUUGUUCAAGAGAAAACCAAACACAAAAGUGAGGUGGAGAUCCCAGCCACAGUCACUGCCUUUGUGUUUGAGGAGGAUGGUGCCCCUGUCCCCGCCCUGCGACAGCAUGCCCAGAAGCAGCAGAAGGAGAAGACCCGCUGGCUCAACACGCCCAAUACCUACCUGCGGGUCAAUGUGGCUGACGAGGUCCAGAGGAGCAUGGGCAGCCCCCGGCCCAAGACCACAUGGAUGAAGGCUGAUGAGGUGGAGAAAUCCAGCAGUGGCAUGCCAAUCCGGAUUGAAAACCCCAACCAAUUUGUGCCUCUCUACACCGACCCCCAAGAAGUGCUGGACAUGAGGAACAAGAUUCGAGAACAAAAUCGGCAAGAUGUGAAGUCGGCGGGGCCUCAGUCCCAGCUCCUGGCCAGCGUCAUUGCUGAGAAGAGCCGAAGCCCGUCGACAGAGAGCCAGCUGAUGUCCAAGGGUGAUGCGGAUACCAAAGAUGAUUCAGAGGAGACGGUGCCCAACCCCUUCAGCCAACUCACCGACCAGGAGCUGGAGGAGUACAAGAAAGAGGUGGAGAGGAAGAAACUAGAACUGGAUGGAGAGAAGGAGGCUGCCACAGAAGAGCCAGGCUCACCUGAAAAGUCAGCACCUGCUUCCCCAGCACAGAGCCCGGUGAAGGCAGAGACAAAGAGCCCUGUGGUCUCUCCUUCCAAGUCUUCAGAGGAAGAUGUUAAGGAGACAGAAACAAGCAAAGCCACCACUGAGCCCGAAACAGCCCAGCCAGAAGGGGUGGUGGUCAACGGGAGGGAGGAAGAGCAGACUGCAGAGGAAAUCCUCAGCAGAGGCUUGAGCCAGAUGACCACCAACGCCGACACGGACGUCGAUACCUCCAAGGACAAAACCGAGUCAGUCACCAGCGGUCCCAUGUCCCCAGAGGGCUCGCCCUCCAAGUCUCCCUCCAAGAAGAAAAAGAAAUUCCGAACCCCCUCCUUCCUGAAAAAGAGCAAAAAGAAGGAGAAAGUGGAGUCCUGAUCGGUGGCACCCACGGACUCCCAUUUGCAUCUUCUCCCUCCUCCCCUCCCCUUCUCCCAAUUCUGUCCCUGGAAGCACAGGGCCAAGAAGGGAUAGAAUAGGACCCGGGAUCACACUCAGAGGGGGAACUUGAGAUCACCCGACCAACCCCUCAUUUUACAGUUACACCAGAGAAAUCAGGUGACUGCCCAAGGUCACACAGAUAGUUAGCGGCAGAGUCCGCACUAGAAUUCAGGUCUUCGGACCCCCAGUCUAGUGCUCUUUCCACUUCACAACACUGCCUAGUUGUGGGCCACCUUUGUCAGGACGUUGCCCGCCAAUCUGAGCCCAGGGCAGGAAGGCAAGAAAUGGGCUAUGAGCUCUCACAGGCUCAGACUAAAUCAAACAGGUCGAGACUUCCCCUGAGUAAGGUCCAUUUCUUCCCAGAAGGCCCAUCUCUGUGAUAUGGAGAUAUGGCCGCAUUGAGAAAUCUUGUUUCUCUUGUCCAUUUUGGGUCCCUACCCUGUUGCUCAAAGUAACGAGACAAGUUGACCUGUCCCCGCCAAUAGAAGUUAACCUUUCUUCCCAAGGCUGAUGGCUUAGCUUGCACUUCCCCGAGCACUACCCCUGAGCUGUCUUCAUGUAACCACUUGAACGAUGAAUAGAAGAGCUGUAGGUGUUGGCCGAUGUGAGGGCAAGCCAAGUCAGCCUGACGAUCAGGGAUGGUCUGAUCAGUAUCAGAAGCCAGGAACUUGACCUGUUUGUAUUGUGCAUCUCAAGUGCUUCAAAACUAAAACCAAACUUAGCAUAAGAAAAUGUUAUCUCAUGCUCAGGGCAGAAAAGUGGGGAAAUUUAAAUCCUCCGUUGGCUUUGCGUUGUAUAAGGAGGAUCAAGGUGGCACAGGAGAUGCUGCCUUUCUAGCUCUGCAUGACACACCCAGCAAUGCACUGUACCUGCCUCAUUCCUGUCCAGCAGCCAGGUGUCCCCUGACCUUCCCUCAAACCCAGAGCACUUGCUCCAGAGCAGAGAACUGGCAUCUUAGUCUUGGCUUCCUUGGGGGUCCAGAUCCAAGUUAUUCUGGGUCCAUCAAAGGAGAAACAGAAAUGUGUCUUUCAGGAUUAAUCCUCUUGGGCCAGCGCUCAGAGAAAUGCUUGGGUGUCCCCAGCCCUGUCACUCUGUCUGUCCUGGGGCCUGGUCAUAGCUACAGCUAUUGUUUUAAAUCCAACACUAUUUUUUCAUGAUCUUCUAUGGGGCAUUGAUUCAUGAGCAUUGUUGACUCCUAGACAAUCCAUUCUCUUUAAAGCACAGUGUCUUCAAAGAAAAUUUCUCUUUUUUGUCCUGACUAAUGUAAAAAUAUUUUUGGAAGUUCUUAACCAUAGGACCAUAGUUUUCCAUUUUUGAGCAUUUCAAGUCCAAGGACACUGUGCAGGCUUCACAUACAUGACACCCUGUAAGCCUCACAACAAUCCUGUGAGUUGGAUAAGAUGAUUCCCAUUUGAUCACCAGGAAACUGAACUCCCAAAAGAAAAACCUAAAGUCUAGAUUUGAACUUGGGUCAGUCUGAGUCCUGAGCCCUUUCUCUUUAACAAUCUCUGAUGAAUGGACAACUUUAAUUCUUGAAGGUGAUUUAGUCCAUGAACCAUUUCUAAGACUAGUGUCCACUGCAUAAUGUUAGCACUUGAAAUGAAGGUAGGAAACUACCUAUGUCCACUUUCACUGAUGCAUGUUGAACUCCUGGUGGCCUGUGAAUGUGGUCUUCUGACAAGACAGGCAGGAGCCUUCCGGUUGGGGCAGGAAACACCAUCCACAGUUGGCUAUUUCUUGAAAAGGAAGGAAACUGACAUGGCCAAGGAAAACCCAAUGCUGAAAACCUAGCACGGGUUCCCAACUGCUAGGGCCCCUCUGCUUCCUGGUUGGGUCCUGUCUUAGGAUGGACAACCCAACGGGGCACUGACAUCUCAGAAAAAAAAAAUCUGUCAUAUGGGAAAUGCCUUUAAAAGCCAAUCCUCUGAUGCCUUCUUUAAAAACUAGGUUUCCAUUUAUUCAUUCAUCCUUUCAUAGGAUUUGUUGAGCAGCCGCUCAGAAUUACACAUGAUGCUGACGUUAAAAGGAAGCAGUCAUGGUUACCAGAAUAAAAGGCGGCAGAGAAGGGAGGAGUGGACGUGACCUCCGGAGCAGCUCUGUGUGAGAGUCAUCGUUGCUCAGAGGUGUCUGUUGAUGGCUCCGUACUUGGCAAACGCUCUGUAUUCCCUUUACCUUAGCAAGCCCUCAUUCAGGUGAAAAUGUCGGAGCCUUGCUGGAGCAUCAUCCGUGGGAUUGUGCCACGAGUCCACUUCAUAUUUGCCAAUCUGUUCAUUCCUUGUGUAUUUAGAAAACAUGCACUGAGCUUGGGUCCUGGUGCCGGUGUGAAGGGAGGACAGAGCUCCUACCCACAAGAAACUCACAGUAGGAGGCCCACAGACCAACACAGAACAGGCGAGUGCAGAGGGGUGGCAUAAGGAAGCAACACUUGGUUUUCUUUGGGGGCCAGAGGCACAUUCCUGAAAGUGAUGAUGGUGGAGUUAGGUUUUCAAAACAAAGAAGAACUUCCCAGAAAGACAAGGGUUUCCUAUUCCCAAAUGAGGGAAGACUAUGCACAGAAGCAAGGAACCACACUAUCUUCUAUAGCAAAUAGUGAGUUUCCAGCCCAGAGUCCCUUUGAGAUUUUUAAUAAGGCAGGAAGAGCUUAUGUCCCCUACUCAGUUCUGUUUCAUCUCGGCAUGGGUUUGCUGGGAAAGGGUUGCAUCAACCUGACCGUUGUUUUCUUCCCUCGCCUGUGAAGGAUGCUGUCCAUUCUGCUGCAGGCUGGAGGACUAGCACCAAGUGCUGUAGAAACAGCCAUGCAGUCCAGACAAACCCGCAGGCCACGAGGGUGAGAGAGUAUUUUAUUUGGCUCUGCAUAAAAAUCGACUGAAAGUUUGGUAUCUGAUUGGAGAAAAUGAAUAUUCAUGAGCUCCAAGCUUUUAGACAAUGGAUUAGUUUCUAAUUGAGCCCUUGUGCUCAGAUAGGACACAGAAAAGGGAUAAGAGAAUGUGCACCAGUCUGCUUCACUGUGAGUGGCUGAUCUGAGCAGUAGAGAAGCGUCUGAGCCUGUUUCCGUGGGAAGGCAGGCAAGAGCUGGGGCAGAGAGGAAGAGGGGUCAGUGGUCACAGAGGGACAAACUUGGGUCCAAUGCCUCUGUGCACUGGUAGCUGGUAGCCAAUUGUGGUGUGGGAGAACCAUCCAUACCAUGUGACCUCCUCCCAAACUGCAAAAGGCAUUGCCAAGAGACUCUCUGACCCUGCUGCAGCCCAGAUCUGGGCUACACCAGAGCUUCCUGGCCCACAGCUGACCCAAGUUACUGCCCUACUUCAGCUACGUGAAAAUAACCCCCAUUGAAACUCCUACAGGUAACAUGAGUUUAUUCCUCUGAGUCUAAAGGACUUGGGAGGAUUUGGAUGAGGGGUUACAGGUUCUUAUAGUAGUAAGCCCACCAUAAAGCCCUGCCCCACACCACCAAAUCACAUAGGCCAAGCGUCAGAUCCUGUCCUCUGCUGGAUAAUUCUGUCCCUCACCCAUGGUGACGUGCCAGGGUGGUUAUUCAGAGGUUGUUUGGCACUGUUGUAACAGAGGGGCCAUGGCUCUUGUCAGCAUGGGAAGAAAUGCUAUCGAUCCACUUCUUUGGUUGCUGUGGAUCUAAAAGAACCAUUUACCCUAUGGCAUGAUUAACUUUUGAAAGUCAAAAGAUUAGAAAUAAGUUGAUUUUUCCAGGAUGCCGUGCUUGGAGACAGAAGGAGACACAGCCUAUCACAGGCCAGGACACCAUGCUUUCUCAUAAGUGUGAAUUUUACAUUUUAGGUCAAGAGAAAGAAAGCCCUUCUUGACUAUUCAACAGGUGAGGAAAUGUUUUCCCCUCACUCAUUUUACCCAUGUGGGUCUGCAGAGGCCCUCCAUUGGUUGGCACUGCUGCAGCUGACUCUGAGCAUGGAGGAAACAGGUCUUCUUAUAUCUUCUCUCAUCACUGAGCCCAAAUAAACCCUUGAUCUAAGACCAUAAAAUUCAAGGAGUCUGAGAAGAUAAGUCUGUGUUCUCCACACCCAUAGAAAGGACAGGGCAUCCAGGCUCUAAACCUGAUAGGACAUCAUAUCUGUCCCACAUUGAAAGGGGUGAUUUAAUACAAGCUCAUGAGUUGCCAUCUGUGCCCACUUCUCUGUGCACCACAACCUGAAAAAGCUUAUACACCAUAACAUACUUAGUCCCCAAAGUCCUGUCCAACCGGCUGAUCUCCGUGGAUGAGGUAUACUUUUGGUCAGGAAUGAGAGACUCGGUAGGGCUCUGCCAUCAAGACACGUCUGCAGUGAGAAGCCACACUCACCCAGGGGUCAGCAUGGGGAUUUCAGGUGAGGGGAUCCUUUGGCGGAGAAAGUGGCUUUCAUUGUAUUUACAUAGGCAGUUCCAUGGAGAAGGUAGGCAUCUUAGGAGCAAUUAGGAAGAACCUCCAGUUGGUGGUGGUCUUUAAAAAUACGGAAGUAAACGUUUGCAUUCUUAGGUGGUUGUAGAUUUCCCCCCCCCCCAAAGUUGGGUCAUCACUAUGAGAGACAGGCCAGAAGGUGGAGGAGGGAGUUGGCGACUGAGCAGGGAGGGAUUCUGGGGCAGCUGGAGUGGGCCUCAGCCUGGGAAGGCUCUGGGGGUCCUCCUGGUAGCCUCUGGUCUUCAGCUCCCUUCCCACCCACUCUUUCCCAGGCAUCGGGACGAGGCAGGCCACGAUGGGGGCACUUCCCUUAUCACCAAGUAGGGUGAUUGCCAGCGUUUAUGGGGUGGUGGGAAAAUAGCUCUAGGAAGACCCGAAAUGCUUCUCCCCUCUAUCAGAUCAUCUUGUCAAACUUAAAAGCCCAAAGGCAGAUCGUCCCUUUUAAAAUUAAUCAGAAAGAUGAUGAAAGUCAGACCAAGGACACAGGGGCCUCACUUGGAAAACAUCCCAGCCCCUUAUAUACAAUGGGAGGGGAAUAUAUUUUAAGGAGGGGAUUCCCUAAAAUAUAGUCUUGCUUUGUGGUGAUGGUCUUGCUUUGUGGGUGAUGAUUUGAUCCCCUGGGACUGUGUCCACCUUUAAAUUCCCAUGAUCUGCUCUUAACUACUGAGUCCCAGUGUUUGAGAAGUGGGAAGAACAAGCAGUCGGGAGCCUGGGGUGGCCCGGCUGGGGCGCAGGGCAGCAGGAACCCAGCCUAGGUAGGGAGUGCAGUGUUGUUUAAAGCUGUGGAUGGUUUCAGUGAGUUGUCUGUGUCUGACAAUCGUCACUAGGGAGUACUACUUACUGUCUUCCCUUGUACAUACAUUGUCUGUGUUUAGCUUUUCCUAGUAUUGUGAGGUUUCAAAUAGGGGUUCCAUGUAAAUACUCUCUCUGCUACUGAAAUGCCAGCCCCCUGGGUCACGCACCUUUCCCACACACGGUUUUGCCUUUCUGUGUGCUAACACGUGUAUUGAGCCACCAACGUGCAGAUGGACAGUUAGUCUCUGGGGCUUUUAUUUUGCAAUUUUAUAUAUAUAUAUAUAUGCACAUAUAUAAUAUAUAUAUUUAUGGGAUGGUUUUGUAUAGUUUUCUGUUUGAAUCUCUGAGCACCAAAGCUGCCCUUGGAUUUUCACGAGAACUUUCCAAAGCCACUUCCUGAGCCCUUCUGCUGCUUUGGUGUCUGACUGUGUUGCUGGGGUGGUAUCUCUGCCCGUGGAUUUCUGUAUGUAUGUGCUGUUAUCUCACCUGCGGAUAUUACCCUAGUAAAUCUAACGUGCUUGGCUUCCCGGUGUGUGUGACCCAUCUCUGUUGGCUGCUCGGUUCUCCAGGAUACCAGGAAAGCAAACGUCAGAAAGGGGGUCUAUUUCUGGAAACAGUGACCAGGUGAGACACCUUUACCCUUGUGACCAUUGCUCACAUGUGGGAAGCAGAACGCACAUAUAAUUGAGUGCUGACAUGGGAAGGGAGGUCACAAAUACUAGCAUCCUCUGAGAAGGCACAAGUCAUGUGGAUUUGGAAACAACUUAGUGGAGGAAAAUUGACAGGGGCAGAUUGAGAGGGGGACUGUGAAAACAAAUGGGAUGGCCCUGCAGGGGCAAAUUGAUGAGCUGGAAUGGAAUGAGGUGUGGUCCUAGAAUCAGAGGGCUGGGGAGAGGUAAGAAGUCACCCCAAAGAGGGUAAGACAAAUGGAGCUACUCCUAGGAUGGGAGAUUGGAAGAGAGAGAAGAGGAGCAAGUCUAUUUGGCUCCCUUCCAGCUGUUGCAUUACUCAGAAAAUAUGGAGUGCACCCAGGAUCUGUGGAGCACCCACAGCAGAUGCCAGGUGCCAUUGAAGGAUAGCUCCUCUUUAAUCCCCACAAGCCCCAGAGGUGGUUCUAUUAUUAUGACUCACUUUGCAGAUGAGGACGCUGGCUCUGGAACAAGGAGACUUUCUUGGGCUGCAAGUAAGUAAGUAGCAAGCCCCAUAAUCAAACUGAAGUCUUCUAGGUCACCCAGCCCUUGCUCUUUCCAGGGCUUCCCAUGGCCUGAGCAUCCUGAGCAAUGGUCCUCCAUCCCAGGCCCCUGCUCCAGGCAGAUCUGUUCCCCACAUGCUGCCUGCAUCCAAGGUCAGAGCCCCACCUUGCUCUUACAUCCAGGUUCCCUGAAAGUCCCGCAGGCUCCUCUGAACCUAAGCAGCAAAGAACCCAGGCCCUCAUCUGCCCCAAAGUCUUCAGUUUCCCCUCUGCUGAAGACACCAAGAAAACCACCCACAAGGAGCACGACUUCUCUGUCUUCUCACAGCUGUGUGCACUGAUGGGGUCAAAGAGAACAGAAAAUGCUGACUACACUUUGUAAAGCUUGCUGCCAUUUAACAUGGGGAUGCAAACCAACCCACAGCUGGAAUUAUUCCCCCUCCACUUUCACUGUAGUGACUAAAGGGAUGCAAAUGUGGAAGCAGAGUGCCCUCUGCUUGCCAGAAAUGCUGAGAAAUAUCUCCAGUGCAGGAAGAAGACAUUAAACCCACUUCUCAGAGGAUGGACAAUCACUGCACAUGAAAGUGUCCCUGGAGAGGAAAUGGAAAGGAUCCAGUAUGGAGGGCAGUUCUCAUUCAGAGCAAGCAGUGAGGAUAGCAGGGAGAGAGGGCCGGGGGACACUGGGAAAUGUGGCAGGGCCAGUCCUGGCCUCAAGACUAGUGAGCAGGGUGUUGCUAGAACCCUGUUGCACAAGUGUUAAGUAACAAGGGUCAGAGAGAGCUUUAGCACCAGAAUCCUGACAGGGUCACAGAAUGGUGCCAUGGCUCCAGUUAAUCCUGAUUACCUGAAAAAAUAUAAAGAGGAAACUUUCAGCCAAGUUACUAGGAGUUCCACCACGGCCACGCAGAUAACGCAACAUCCAGUCUGGCAAAGUGUCACUCUGAGAGGUCAAAAUCUUUCCUCUGCUUUUGCACAGGGGCCACACCUCUGGGACAAGGGCCAACUCCAAUCUGGAUAGAGAUCUCACUUAGUCAAGAAAAAUAACGGAGAAAGAUAAUUUGGUAACAAUUUUGUAGUUUAAAAGAAGAGCAAUCUGAGAACCAGAGUACACUGCCCUCCAUUAAUCCAUGUUGCUACAAAAAGAAAAAGGUUAGGCACAUCCAGUAUUCUGCUUAUCAGGAAAGAUCAGCCAGUCAUGAAAAAGAAGCACUUUAAGUCAAGAAAAUAUUUUUAGAUGAUGAAAAACACAGUUACAUUUUCAAAUGAGGCAUAAGCAAUUAAUAGCAGGUUAAAUAUUAUUGGUCAUGAAUGAGAACAUAAAUAUAUGUUUAGGUGCGAGAGAAUCCAUCAACAAGGGAAAAAAAAAACUAGUCAAUCAUGUAUCCUGUUGAUUGGAAAAUUAAUAUGAUAAAUAACAAUGGGAAGGACGUGCAAUUGAAAUAAGGUAGUGAGCAAUUCAAUUAAACAUGUAACUGAGUCUAAUUGUUCAUGGUUAAUUUAACAAAAUGUGAGUGGUUAAAAAGUAGUUACUGGAAUAUAAUAAAGAAUAAUUUGGAGCAGCAAGGAGGUAAAACUAAAUUUCUCACUGAAAAAAGGGACUUACUAGAUUAU